GUGAAAGUUAGGAUUGUCCAGGCGUGUCACACAACGGAAAAAAAUGAAGGACGGAAACUCUCACACCAUUUUCAUCGCAAUUUUCUGUAUCUUCCUCUCUCAUUUGGCAGCUUUCAUCGCCCUUUCUGUCUAUCAAAUCGAUCGGAUUACCAAAUUAGAGGAUCUUUUCCUGAAUGUUGAGAAAUCCCCAGAUGAUGUUAUUCAACUCAAAGACUUAAUAGAUAUUCUCAAGAAGCCGCAUAUAAAUGGCAAAGUUUCCAGGAGGAGUGUAUCGGCAAACCCCAUCUUAAACGAUUUUCUCGAUGUCCAGAAAAGUUUCAUAAAAGCAACAUGUGAAGAAAACAGCCAGAAGAGCGUACUGGAUGUGCUAAGAUCGUUCGCUGAAUUUACGAACCAGAGAGUCCUCUACAAAAGUCAGCCCAGAUCCUCCAGACAGGCUACACAAGGGGCUGGGGAGAUGGGGCAGAUCUUCGAACAACUUGCCAACUCUGAGCUUGCGAUUUUCGACAAAUAUUGCCAGAACAGUACCAUAUGUCUUCCAGGUCCGAAGGGUGACCAGGGAGAGAAAGGUGACCCCGGGAUCAAAGGUGAUGCUGGGUCUCCGGGUACACAGGGGUUAAAUGGACCUAAAGGCGAAAUGGGCCAACAAGGUCCACAGGGAAGUAUGGGGCCUCUGGGUGCACAGGGACCUAAAGGCGACAAUGGAUUGAUAGGUCCAAAGGGGUCUAUCGGGCUAGCUGGACCUGCGGGCACAAAGGGUGACGUGGGGAUAAGGGGACCGAAGGGAGAAAUGGGCCCAUCAGGAAUUCAAGGCCCUGCUGGAUCCAAUGGAGCUGCAGGACCACAGGGCAUUCAGGGAAUAAGGGGACUACAGGGUCCAGCCGGACCUGCUGGUCUUGACGGAGCAAUAGGACAAAAGGGAGCCACAGGAAGUAUUGGCCCACAAGGAGCAAAGGGAGAACGCGGUGUGGCGGGGCUAACAGGUCCUAAAGGGGAGCCCGGAGUGGCGGGGCUAACAGGUCCUAAAGGGGAGCCCGGAGAAGCCCGCCAGGUGCCAGUCGAGGUGGACGAUAAGAACUCCUGUUGUGAAAGUUUAGCUAUUCCGAGUUUCACUUCCUCCUUGGAGCAGAUCAAGAUCAUUGAGGGUACCCCUGUCGUCCUCAGAUGUAACCCUAGAGGUCUACCCACUCCUACAAUCCAAUGGACGCCGUCAGCCACAUCUCUUGGCGCCACGCAUGCGCAAACACAAGGAAAUGACAUCACAAUCAGUAGCGCUGCAACCGGUGAUAGCGGGACAUAUGUUUGUAAUGCUGGAAAUGUGUUAGGGAAUGCCCAGAAACAGAUCGUGCUGGACGUGUAUAAACACAUCGUGGUUGAGGAGCGACCUCAGAACCUCACAGUCCUAAAUGGACAAUCGGUCACGCUUGAGUGUAAAUUUGAGGGAAAUCCUAUCCCGAGUGUCACGUGGUUUCACAAGAACCUUGCUGGAAUUUCCGAAGCUGUGACGUCAGGGAUCACACCUAUCGUGAAUGGAUCCCAGCUCCACCUCAGUCAUGUCGCUCCCGGGGACAUUGGCGAGUAUAUCUGUUACGGGUCUAACGGAGUGGAGACUGUCGACCUGCACGCCUUCUUAGACGCUCAAGCCAAGCGUAAACAACGCAUACGAAGAUAAGGAUGGCACCCUUGUUAUAAUGAGCGUGACGAAACAAGAUGCCGGACCAUACAUAUGUAGGGCCACCAACGCUUUCGGAACAGAUACCGCAACGACCACACUCGUAGUGAAAGAAGCGGCCAAAGCAGAGAUUGCGACGCCAAUGGUUGGAGUAAAGCAAAAUGUCAACAAUUUUGCUUUGGACUGCAGAGCAUCCGGUGAACUACCUCGAAGUGUCACGUGGUACCACAACGGCCAGAUUGUGUCCCCUGACCCUACUCACUACAUCAUGCCAGACAACACCCUGUUAGUACUGAGUAUGUCCAAACCUCAGGAGUUUGGCCGUUAUACAUGUAAGGUUUCUGAUGCCAACGGAUCGGCGAACCAAACUGCAUUAGUGUUUGAAGAUAAGGGGGCAAAAUCGUGUUCAUCAACAUUUACAACCUGCGAGGUAAUUUGUGGGGCCACCUGUCCAGCUAACUGUGCGAGUGAUCCGACAGCCGUUUACGGUACAUCACGCUAUGAUUUGAGUUCCUCGCUGUGUAGGAGUGGAAUCCACAGUGGAUACGUUCAACCGUCCGGCGGAACCAUUGUCUGGCAGACAACACUACAGCAGAUACCGUCGUACAGUGGUUCAACCAAGUACGGGGUAACAAGUCAGAACCUCGGUUCACCAACAUCCGCCUUUGAUGGUGUGCCCAUAACGAACUAAAACCAUAUUACUAAAUUAUGUAACAGAACUUAAUAAAGGGAUUUUCUAAACUUA